CGCAGCACCAUUUGAGGGCGCACUUUUCAGUGAGCCAAUAUGGCAGCCGUCAUGGAGGGAUUCACGGGCAAAUUCUGCAGGACAUUAAACUUAGCUCGCUUUUCACUGAACAGCUAUCAGAAGGGGAUGCAAUCCAUGAAACUUUUUCAUACGUUGAGGAACUGUCGUUCACUUCAUCUACUACCUAGGCAACAUCCCUGUGUCCAGUGUGCAGGAAUUCCAUUAAGGUUGCUUAGAUGUACGUCUUCAGCAUCUAGUUCAUCCGUGGUUAAGCGUGAAAUGCCAACAGAUGUCAUCCAGAGGGUUGAAUCCGAGAUCCAGUCCUGCCCCAGUCGACUCUUUGCCAUCGUACACCUCGCCGGCCAGCAGUUCAAGGUCACCCCUCAUGACCUCAUUCAGAUCCAGCAGCACAUAGUGGCUGACGUUGGUGAGAGAAUCACCCUCAGAAAGGUGUUGCUGGUCGGUGGGGACAACUUUACUCUCUUAGGAAGACCACUCCUAAGUCCAGAGAAGGUGAGAGUGGAAGCUACAGUCAUCGAGAAAACCAAGAGCCAGAAGAUUGUAGUCUUCAAGAUGAAAAGAAGAACGCGGUACCGCAGAUAUUAUGAGAAAUACGCCAGUCUGUCUGUGCUGAGGAUCAACAGCAUUGAAGUGGCGCCUAAAGUAUCCUAGCAGUCGGGACGCUCGGAUGGCUUGGGGGCCCUCGGAUGGCUUGGGGGCCAAGGCUUCCAUCCAGCUGUAGCAGAACGGACAGAGUUCACGUCGCGCUCAAAGCUUGGCAGAGAGAACUGCUGGGAAAACGUUUAGACGGGCCUGGUUGCCAAGCACCCACCCUUCACUUAAUGAGGCAGUGCCUCAUCUACUCUUGUGGCCAAGGUUACGUGUCCGUUAUACACAUGUAUUCAUAUCCAGUUUUGAAUGAGUGGUGUAAACUCUUGAAGAGUUUGUCAUGUGCUUCAUUUUUGGGAAAGGAAGUAAGGAACAAAAUGAUCAGCUUGGAGUGUAGUACGUGUGUUUUUUCUGUAAUUUUACACUCAUAAAUAUUUUCCAAACGGGAAGUACUGAAGGGGGGAUAUCUUGCCUUGCUUGAUAUCUCUAUUGUGCUGCUAGUUUUAAGUCAUUAAUUAUGGAAUCUGUAUAGAAAAACAGCUAGUUGAGGCCAAAUGGAAACUAACUUCUUGUCAUUUAUACCCUCUCUUGGUGUGGAGUGAUUAAUUUUAUGCUCAACUGGGUGACAAGUCUCUCAGUUAAAGGCCGGUUCAUACUUCAGGCAAAUGUGGAGGCGUAGCGAAUUUGACGUCAUGAUAACUUUGCAGUGAAAGUUUGCCCAAGUUGAAAUAUGUUUAACUUUUUGUGAAUUUGCAAUGCAGAUAUUCUGAUCCUGACGCCAUCAAUUCGCAUUUGCGCUCGCUUUCGCGCGGAGCAUGAACCGACCUUAACACUUUAUCACUGCAGUGAUGAAGCCGAGUCCUUUCACACGACCAUUCACAAGUAACAG